UGAAAACAAGAAAGUUCCUUCCUGUUUUGACAGUGGUAUUCAAACCGAUAGAUGACAAACCAUGGAAAAGAAAUUCUGAAAUUAAAGUUACCCUUCUUUUGAUGAAAAUUUGAUCACCAGAAAGCGUCUGCUAAGUAAGGGUGGUCGAAUGGGAACUUAACUGCUUUUAGUUUUUAACUGUGUUGGUUCAAAAGUAGGUUGACACGCGAAGUUAACGGGAAUGACAGUUGGCAAAUCUGAACAGUUUGGUUUGACACAUUUUUCCUGUAAUUCUUUAUUUUUCGUUUUCGCGCUCACACGGUUGAAAGACAACGGCAGGGAGUUAAAUUUUCUGCAGUUUGCCUUAAGCUUUUUCAUUUCCCCCAAUAUUUCACUCCGAUUCAGCUCUUAUCUUUCCGUGCUCCGAGACAGAAAUUUCUUCGCGCGAAUCAUCGAGAGCUCACUCUUUGAUGCUGACCAGGUGUUAUUGCAGGCCCUAUCAUAAAAGAACAACAAAUGCACUGAGCAACAGGGAAUCCAUAGGAAUGCGUGACGUGCCCGUGGGUCCUAGCAAACAAACGAAAUAAUUUCCCUGAUACAUUUUGUUGCUUGGUUGAUCUGAUGGUAUGCGGAGUAAACAAAAAGAACACGCACGCUCUGUAGUCUAUACUGGAUGCGGAAUUCGCUUUACUGGCCAAGCAUGUUGAGAAAUAACUCGGUAGCAACAGGUCCGUAAAUGAAAACUAAUACACGCUUCACGGAAAUGUGCAAAGGACUGCGGUGUGUGUUGUUCGAUCCAAGAUGACCAACUUAAAGUUAAUCAUUCACUAAUAGGAGGCAUCAGCGAGUUUGUUAGGGAAGAUGGAGAGAGAUCUAAGGACUCUAAGAAGAUCGAAGCUUAUGAACUAUUCAGAGUUUCGUGUAAUGACCACAGCUCUUGAAAAGUACUACAAAGAUGUAAAAAUUGCAAUUCUGACAGGAAAGAGAGAUGCUAAAGAUUUGGAUUUGAGGCCCUAUUUAUAUGAUGAAGGAGAUCCAUAUGAUAAACCCUUUUAUGGAACGUUGUUGAAGAUGCUCUCUGAGGUGGCAACGUCAAAGUAUUUUGAGAAGCAACAUGAGGAUUUGUUGAAGAUUUACAAGUGGUACAAGGCAAACAAGAAGUUGAUUACAUCACCACCUAAAGUUCCAAUUCCAAACCCUGAGAAGAGUGACAGGAAUUCUGAUGGUCAGGACAGCUUGGAUGAAGAUGAUGAGGAGGAAGAACUGAAGGCACUCACCAAGAUUCCUAAACUACAUCUGAGACCAAAAACAGCACCUUCAGUUGAGAGCCGAAUGGGAGCUAGAUAUGUGACUUGGAAUGAGGCCCAACAGCAGAAAGGUCCUAAAAGACCUUCAUCAGGCUCAAAACUACUUAAACAUCAUAGGGACUUUGGGAGUAAGAAUUUGCAGGAUUCCCUUACAAGAAGCCUUCAUAUCAUUCCUUACGGACCACACCCAAGUGAUAGCUCUUAUUUAGAACAUGGUUAUGUGCCUGGUGGAUAUUUGUUAAGGCCUGGUACUGCACCACCCGUGCUCAGGAAUAAUAAGACAAAGGUAAAUUCAGAUAUGCUCAAGUCAUUCAUCCUCAGACCAGCAAGCAGCAGUUCAGCCCCAUACUCUUCACCGAUGAUUUCACCCCUGUCUUCACCAAGGGACUCUCCUGUUCCUUCAAGUAGAACCAAGUCUCCUUUGACAGCACAUUACACUCCUGACAUUGUUAAAGAACCGUCCGUAAAAUUAGCUUCUGGUAUCGUGAGAGACAGAAGUAAUUAUCCAGCUAUAGAGGAGGCAGAAAUGAACAGUGAAGACAAGACGAACAGUAAUAACGAGAAGACUUCUCCUCCUGUUAAUUGUUCAGAAAAGGAUGUCAUACCGAAAAAUUCUACUCCCAUGCAAUUGGAAGAAAUUCUAGAACAUCAGAAAAAGGAGGAGAAAUUAUUAGAGGAGCAGCACGAGUUACUACAGAAAAAACUCUUACAUGACUAUGAUAAUUACAUCAAAGACUUGGGUGCAGCCCAAGAGAAACAAGUUGAUUUAGAAAUUGUCAAUGGAGAUUUGAGUGUGAAGAAACGAUCUACACCACAAGAGGAAAGAAAAACUAUGAAACCCACUCCUGUUGGAACUUAUGACCUAUCUGAACCUGAAGUAAUACCUAGUUAUUCCAUUAUGUACUCUGGAUCAAGUACAGCCAGUAACCAAAGUGGACAUACAUCAGAAAAUAGCCAUCAGUGGAGCAGUAGAAGUGCAGUCAGACAUCUCAGACAUGCUACAGUACCUCCACACAACAACGCACAGGAAGUAAUCAAAGUAGAUGCAGUCCUUGGAAUGGUCACACCUAUAGGGAUGCAGAUGGAGUACGACCGGGAGAGGGUGAAUGGCCAAAAAUUAUCAUCAUGUCCUCUGCAGCCAGCCAAAGUGGUUUCUGUGGAAGGUUCUACAAAAUCUUCUGCCCAUACCUCGGUUGAUGGAGACUUUUUGGCCGCUCCGGUCCCCAACGGUAAUAACCAUUCUAAAGUGGAGGACGGGCAUAAUAACCCUUCGCAAACCGCAUGUGAACAGGAGACAUUAUCUCCGGAGAAUUCGUUCACCUCAUUGGGACCGGCGUCGGACACAUCAGAUAACAGAUCCAUUGAACUCAAAUAUAAGGAACCGGAGCUGAUUCCCGAGAGGACCCCAAGAGAUUACACUGUACACUUCCCUCAGGAAAAGUCUCCAGAAUCAAUAACGAUAAAGAGCUACAGGACUUCAGGACCAGUCGUACCGGAUUCUAUCAGAUAUCAAUGGACCGACGAUGGAUUUGGUAACAGAACAUACCUCAAGAAGCUUAAGGGACCGACAUCUCCGCGCAGUUCCAGAAAGAAACUUCAACAGCCGACCAAUCAGGUGACAAUGCCCACCGGUAGCCGCUCAUUGGACAAACGAACUCUGGCCUCCCUUGUGGUAGUCAGACAUCUUGGUGACGCAGAUAGAAGAAACAUUGAUUGCAUAUCAGGGCCACAGGGAGGAAAGCUUAUUUUGGGUCCGGCGGGCACCGAAUCCGAUAACAUGGAUUACGCCUACAAUCUGGAGUACCUCUCUUUCUGUCAGCCUGUGGGCCCCAGGCUCGGCGAAAGUGAAAACCCGUCAACAGUAAACUGGUAUUUACAAGGAGAGCAUGGACUUUACCGCGAGACAUUUAAGAGCCAAGCGGGACUAAUUAGCGAUGAUCUGAAGUCUCGUCGUACUGAUGUACGAAUUCCUAAAGACAACUCCCUCAUGGUUAAAGGCCGACAUUUUGGUGCCGCAGAUGAACCCAAACAACAAGAAAAACCGACCUGGGAACCACAGGAGUUGUCAUCACCGUCCACUAUCAGCUUGGACAGCGGUCACAGCAGCGUUACCACGAAAAGUAAAGACACAUUACGUCCCUCGUCACCAGUUCCUUCAUCUCCACAAGCCCGUUCGUCUUCACCGGCCUCGACUUCACGUAAGGUGAUCCCUAUCCCCACAGCCAGUCGCUCGUCCAGACCAUCCUCUGCCCGUAGCACGUGCAGUGCACAUGGUGCGAUAAACACUUCCAACUUUUCGGUGCGGGACUUUAAACACUUUUGUUGGGAUGAAGAGUACUUGCUAAUGGACGACUACAUAAGGCAAAGAGAAGUCUGGGCCGCCGUUAAUAUUCAGCGGAUAUUCCGAGGUUUCAUCGGAAGACAGUAUGCAAAACAGCUGAGAGUAGCAGACAUUGAGAGGCAGAGAAAGGCAGCGGUUAUGCUACAAAGUAACUUUCGCGGAUUUCUUGCCCGGAAAAAGGUAAUGGAGCAGAAAAUACAAGAAUAUAAACCAAGUUCACGUGACCUGGAAUGGGCUCGAAAGUACAAACAGGAUCUGAAAAAGAGGGAAGAGGCCAGAAAACAGAAGAAUCAACAUGCCAUGUUUAUGCAAAACAGAGAAGCUGACAAGCAUGGGCAACAAAUAAAACAAGUGCAGGCUCAUCAACUUAUUUUUGACGUGUUCCAUCCAACACCUGAGGGUCCAACUAAAGCCCAAAAGAAAGCUGCUGCUGUCACCAUUCAAAGGUAUUUCAGAGGCUGGUUUGUUCGUCGAAUGCUUGAAAAAUCAAAAGCAAAGGCCUUGAAACGGACCUUGUCUUUCAACAAGUUUAUUAAAGGUUACCAGGAACUUCUCUUCAGGAUUCAAAAGCGAUACGGUAUAAAAGAACCAACAACUGCACUGGAGUUUAACGAACUGAUGGAAUAUGUCGAGCGACUUAAUAAGUACGAAGUAGCAUUUGAUAAAUUUGCCACAAAUGGUCUCUUGCAAUAUAACGACAUCAAGGAGUUCUUCAAGUCUGUCGGCCAUACUCCGUCCCAAAAGGAAAUCGACGAUGCUAUUGAGCUUGUUACAAAAAUGUCUGCCAAAGGUCGUGCUCUGACCAAAGCUGAAGCAGUAGAGGUAUUAUUUCAGAUUUACGUUCCAAAAGGCACAAAAAUGAAAUUAUCUGACGUUCGUAAAUCUACUUGGCUAAAUCCACUGGACGAUGGAAGGGAUGUUAUGCAAAUGUUGUCUAAAAAAGACUUGGAACAAACCAACCUAUUGAAAUGUUUGGAAGUUGUGGCUGGUGCAGGAAAGGAGAGCGAUGAGAUUCAGGACUUGCUUCGACCAGGAUCAGCUGCGGCGAAACAAAACGACAAAAAACAACAAGGAAAGAAAAAAUCAACGGCAAAAGCACCCCGCAAAGCUAUCUUGGCCCAGUAUCCCAUGCGGCCGUCAACACCAACUACAAAAUCUCCUAGGCCUCCAUCGGCAAAAAAGCCCAGUAAAAGAUGAAUUUGGUAAUAACCCUGUUAACCCACGUGAGGGCAGAUUGACCAACACUUCAGACGUAAAGAAAUAACAUGAAUAUUGCUAAGAAUUUUUAACCCUCGGCAAGGCGUGGCGACGUUUCCCAUGCUGGCAGUUCAGACAACUGCUUGUUCUGCCUUUCUCCUCGCCGCAACAUGCACUACGACGUCACAACCUGACUUUGGGACAUCCAAUUUUUCUCGAUUUUUUUUUCUUUUUUGCAAGACAAUACUCUGUACCCUCUUUGUACUUUUGUGCUUAGCAUAGGCGUAGCCUGAAUAUUAUGAUUGAUAAAUUACUAUAGAAUGAGAAGAACUGAAAUAUAAAGAAACUUUUUUGUCAUUACACUCUUGUUGUUAAACAGCAAAUUAGACUGAAACGAUGAAAAAUAAAGAUAAAUUAAAAUA